AUGGGUCCGAACUUCAAAAUUCGGAAUGAUGAGCUCUACGAACCGCCAAUCAGCCGCAAAGGUCGAUGUUUGACAUUCAAGAUGAAAAUUCUCGCCUGGUUAAAUUUUAUUAUCAAUCUAUUCUGUCUGGGCUAUUACGUUCUAAGGUUUUGUGCCGCUACGGAUCGAAUACGAUUCUUGCUCAGUUUCUCCUCAUUAAUCGACCUGGUUGUCAUUCCAAUGUCGCUACUGGCCGUGUUCCAAUCCCACAGACAUGCAGAUCUGAACUUUCUUCGUGCCACUUGUAUUUUCAACUAUGUGGACGUGCUGACAUUUCUGGGAGUGAUCAAAUCCAAUCGGAGUAUUCAAUCUGCUCGAAUUCUGUUCGCCUUGUUCACCAUGUGGAUGGUGNUGGUGGGUAGUGGAGUGAUGCAUGUGAUUGAACACUUGGGUGAUUUCUGGGAAGACACACCACACGAUGGAAGUUGGUCGUAUUUUGAAGCAUGCUAUUUCCUCCUGGUCACUUUAUCAACCGUGGGCUAUGGUGAUUACGUCACGCACACAGCACUCGGAAAGCUGUUCAUUUGCAUCUUCAUCCCAGUGGCCAUGGUAAGCGAUUGA